AUGACUAUCAGCUGGCGAAGAAUAGUAGGAACGAUUUUUUCCCAAGAAAUCUUGAAUUUGGAACAUUAUUGUGAGGUAUUUGAUCAGCUUGUUGAGCAGCUAAGUGAUAAUGAAAAAAGUAAUGCAUGGCUUCAACAGGACUCCGCAACAUAUUAUGUUAGCAACCACACUUUGUUUCACUUACGACAAACUUUUGAUCACAGGUUCUUCAUGAAAGUCCUCUGGCCACCCUGGCCGCCAGAUUUAAUGCCUCUCGAUUUCUUUUUAUUUCUCGAUUUCUUUUUAUCAGGGACGCUGUUUGCAAAGAAUCCGCAUACACUUGAUGAACUGUGUACGGAUAUUACUGAUAUUGUCCAAAAUAUCUCACGUGAAGUUUUGAUUAACGCGUUCUAG